UGUGUUUGUUGCUUCGGCAGAGUGGCUUCGCGCGCAGAUCGCAGCAUUGUGCCGGUGCCAGCACCCCACGCAGUGAAGAAAGCUGAGUGGGUGCCAGGCUUGUCGGUCAUGCCGGGCGUGAAAGCUGCGCUAUCCAAAACCUUUGGCAGCUUUGAACAGAACACACAUGCACGGCGUUGUUUCAGACUGUGCUCCUUUCUCGUGGUCCUCUUGUUGUUCUACUUCUUCUUGGUGGCCUUCAAUCUCCACUUCGUACGACGGGUGCCAGUGCAGUAUACCUAUGGAGACAGGCUCGAAAUUACCGUGGCAUCCUGUGAUGUGGUUCUGGAGUCCGGACCGAAGAGAACGAUUGCCAUUGAGGGCCUGCUGAUGGAUCUGAAGAUUGAGCGUACCAUGGAAUCGUUGGACGUGGUCCGGAUCACCAACGCCCAGAAUUUCCGGGGCUGCGAUGAUCAGCCACGGAAGGAUUGCAAGCGACUUUGCAAUGUGGUGGCUACAGUGCCCAGUGACAAUCCGCCCGACACGGUGUGGAUUCAGCAAGUCAACAAUGACCAGGCUGAUCAUGUGGAUGUGAACAUCGAUGGGGUCAUCCUCAACAAUCUGAUGAUCCGAGGUGGUGGAGGCAACUGGUGGGACAAGGCAGGGCCCAGCUUAGAGGUCUUCAUGCGCAACAGCACAACGACAGGUUGGAUGUACAUCACCUUGGCCAAAGGCCAGGCGACGUUACAGAACACCCUACACUCUGGCACAGCAGACGUGAGGUCAGAUGGCAGCGUGACCAUGCGAGGAGUUCGCCACACGGGGCCCAUCUUGCUGAACUGGAGGCAGCCCAACAACCAGGCAUGUUUUGUGGCGGAGCCCAAUGAAUUGGUGCUUCCUGACGAGAAAGGUGCCUUUUCACUCUGUGAUUCCUUGUACCACAAGAGUAACUUCCAGACCUUCUACGACACCAGCAAAGACUUUUUCUUGGACCGCGCGGAAUUCGGCGCAGCCUUGGUGACCAUGCCCUACUGCUGUGGAGGCUCAUGCCCGCACUCCUCCUGGUGCGAUGGCACCCUCUACAAGGUCUUCGAUUUUGGAAGCGCGGACUCCACUGGAGCCUCCUUUGCCAAUCGGGCAGAGGUUCUCAGUGCGAAUACAGUCUUCGACAAGCUCAAGGAAUUAGGCUGGGCAGGGAUGAUCCCCUACUGCUUCCGAGAAGCGAAAUUGAUGCAGCCCAUGGACCGGGUACGUUCAGUAGAGGGCUGGCCAUCCCUGGUACCAUGGGCUGGAGACGCGACAGCCCCAAGUCCUCCAAGUUUUGCGUCCUGCGUCCGGCAUGCUCAAUGCACGACCGGCUAUUGCGACAAUAGCACCAACACUUGUGCACCGCAUCCCUCUGUCACCUUUGAUGUGGUCUAUGGAAACUGGACCAGUUGUGACAAGCCCUGUGGUGGAGGACAGCAAACACGCGACAAGGUCUGCCUGGGAUCUGACGGCCUCAAGUAUCCAGCGUACCUAUGUCCAACUUUGACGUCCAACGUGGACACACAAGACUGCAACACCAUGGCCUGCAACCUCCCAGCAGUGCCAACCAACAUCUCCUUCGGUCUGGACAUGGACAUGCGCUCGGAUUGGAUUGAUAUCACCGUGACGGCCAAUCUUCCAAGCGGCGCCACUGCGUUGCAGCUGCGCUACUUGGCUCCCACGGGUGCCAUGUUGGACACCGUCGUGGAUGAAGUCCUGGAGAACGAAUGUCAGCUGAACCUCUGCACCCUUCGCGCACAGGAGAAGAUGGGGAUGCUUAAGCAUCCGGGGUGCGGUAUGCUCCCAUUGUACGUGGAUCGCCUGCUGCUCCUGGCGAAGAAUGCGGAUGGCCUGGGCCCUCCCACGACAACUGAAGGGAUCAUCACCGAUCGCAUCGGUCAGACUGGGAGCUUCCAGAAGUUCACUGUUCAAAGUGAAGCUGGAAUGGUGCACUUCAGUGUGGGCGGCUACUCCAGCAGCAGUGGCACCUGGGCCCCGGCCGACCGCCUGCCCGGCAUCCGCAUGCACCUGCCAGAUGCCAGGCUGAUGAUGCGCACGGUGGGUCCGCGUUUUGGCGAUCCAGAGUCCGUGGACCAUGGUGUGGUGGUCAUUGACACCGUAGCUGUGCCUGGUAUCCCAGCCACACGUUGGGUCUACGCCACGCGUCCCGUCUUUCUGUCUAUGGACCCAUCGAUUCUGACCUUCUUGUCAGCGUCCAUUUUGAAGCCAGAGAUUUUGAACUUCCGCAUCUCCUAUUUGGAUCUCUCCUGCUCAGCAAGCACAGUGGGUUCCAUUCCAGACCAUCCUUCUUCUGCGGACUUCCAACGGUUAGAGAUGCAGACGCUUUUUGCAUCAAUGUACGACCAGCUGCAGAAGGCAUUGAGGUCCGAUGGUUUGGCGUCCAGACAAAAGCUGAGAGGUGAGUUGGUCCUGUUGGAUCCAGACCAUCGGGUGAAGCCUCAAAGGUCCAAGUACUGGGUCUUCUAUGAAGGAGCGAAUGGCGAUACCCUGAUGAAGGAGCGUGAUGUCCAUGCGUUGGAUCAGUUGCAGGACGCCGCUACCGGCCUCAGCCUGGCGUGUGGCGGCCUUGCCUCGCUGCUCUUCACCUUCGUCUUCUUCAAGUUGGCGCGGAAGGGCAUCCGGGCAAGAAACAUGGAGAAGAGAGCUCAGACCACUUUGCUGAAACAGAAACUGGGAGAGAUCAAGGACAAGGAAGAAAACAAGUUGGAUGAGACGCUUGGUACAGCAAUGCAGAUCCAUGCUGCGGAGGGCAACCCCUUUUUGCAGCCACUACUGCUGAUUGAUUUGCUGGUGCAGCCGGGCAGAGGGUGUCAGUAUGGGGGCGGUGUCCAGGGUAGUUUGGGCAAGAAGAUGCAAGAAGUAUGGGUCCACCUCACACACGUCUUGGAACCGAUCCUGAGCAAACUGCUGAAUAGUUUGUCGCGCUUCUGCCAUGAACACCUGGUGGUGAAGCAUCCCCAGCACCACAAAAGUCCAGCACAAGUUGUGCCUGAGCCUGCCAAGGAAGCAGAGAAGUCACCCAAAGAUCCCAAAGAGACCAGAAUCAACAUGCCAGCUGCGCCAGCUGGUCAGGAGGAUAAGAGGCCUUUCAUCUACAUGCGCCACUUCCGCGCCACCUACACCCAGUACUGCAUCAAGCACAGUCUGGAGCCGGUCCAGUCCAGGGAUGAAAUCAUCAGGUUUCUGGUGAAUAAGUACAACCUGCGGUCCACGCGGGAGACGGUUUGGCGCAUCCGAGGUGUACGCUGGCGACAGGAUUCUGAGCCUGUGGCAGUCGCACCAACAAAGCCAGAGUCGGGGGAAGAGGAGACCUCAUUGUGGAAAUUUAUGAACGCCAAAGCAGUUGUCACCAAAGACAGGAGAAAUCACUGGCUGGACAUGAAGAACAACAGGCUUCCAAGCGGAGCUUUGCAAAAAGGUAUCCGUCAGAGAUACAUGGAGUGGUGUGAGCAGAAGGAGGAAAUGCCGGUGGAGUCACUUCACUUGGAUCCUCUCAGCGAUGAGAGCGAAGAGAAAGGCUUGACUGCAUGGGCCUUGACCAACGACUGCAACUACCAGGAAGUGGAGGUGCAAAAGAUCCUGCACUGCAGUUUGGCCCCGGAGCCAAACUUGGUAUUGGACUGCAGGCAGAUCCGAUGCAUCGGUGCCAAAGAUUUGCUUCAAACAUGGGUGUUGGUGGACAUCGUCGUGCUCAUUUCCCCCGCUCUCUUGUGUUGUUUGAAUGCGCUGGGUGCACAGCAAGUCUAUGCGCAGACCACUGUGACGGAGACGCCGGUGCAGAUGAUGGACGUUCUGGGAACAGCCCUGCCAUACAUCGGCUAUGACUCUGGUGGCAAGCAGGUCUUAUUUUUGACAUCCUUCAUUCUCGCAACGCAGUUCGUCUACAUCGUCUUGGCUACAGUCCGGGUGCUUCUGCACUACGUUUGUCCGGAGAGGAGGAUCAAGAGGUGGUACGAUUGGCUUUUUGAGGUCAUCCUCUUCUUGGAGGUCAUUGGUAUUGCAACCUGGGUUGGAGUUACCGCAUCCUGGUGUAUUCUUGCGACCAUUUUGUCGCCUGUGAAGUAUCUGCCCUACGGCACAGCAGUGAUCAUCUUUGGAGUUGUGGUCGUCACUCUCUGGAAGGAGCUGAACGACGCUGCAGCGGCCAUGCGGAAGAAGGCCUUUGCGAUGAUCGAUGGGAAGCUGCAGAGCUGCUUGAGGACCAUCGAACAAGAAAUUCAACUGCAAAGGCAUCAGAGUGCGCUGAUGUCCGGGCUCCGAAAGUUGGAAGCCAAACGAGCCCAAGUGAAGAAAAAGGUGGAUGAGUCUCAGGCCGGCUUCGACGAGUUUCAUCAGGAACGAGUGAGGCGCAAGGUGACGCCCGGCGAUGUCUUCAGCACGCUGGAUGCGGAUCAAUCUGGGACGAUCACCAUCAAGGAGUUCAAGAAGCUCUUCGUCGCGAUGAAUUCUUCCCUGGAUCCCAAUAUGAUUGAGAAGAUGUUCGCAUAUGCAGAUUCAGACGGAUCCGGUCUGAUCACUCAGGACGAGUUUGAGGAGGCCUGGGACUUCUUGACGGAACACCUGGUGAACAAGGUGCUGCAUGAGCUUGGCUUUGGCCCAACAGACAUCCUGAUUGCCAUCAUCAUGUCGGCAUUGACCUUGCUGUGUUUCUUCUUCUUCAUCUUCUUUGCCAUGCAAGGGUGGUACAACGACACCUCCUUCCAGUCGUGCGUCCAAUCUGCCCUGGUUGCUGGUAGUGGAAAGGCCCCUGAGGGCAGCGGGUCAUCCAUGUUUCAAAGCAUCUCCACUGUAUUCACUGGAAGCUCUUUGGCAAGCAUCAUGGGAUGCUGUCAUCAAGAGCAAAGCAUAACAACACAAUAUCCACUGAUCCAGCAGGAUGUACACGGCUUUGUCUGA